AAGCAUGCCCACGGCUGCAUGUCCCUCAUCACCAAGAUGGACAGACGGUCGUGCAUCACAUGACCUGCUCUGGUCUGCAGCCAACCGAGUUCUGUUGCUCGUGCCCAUGAAUGAGAUCUCGACCUUCAUUACCUCAGUCCGUCGGGAUGCACGUUCUGGGCGGUAAAGGAAAGCCGUUGGCAGCAGGGAAAGAGAAGAAUCUAUCUGCGAGCUGGACCGAUCGUCGGCGCUCCCCGUCGGCAUCGCCGCUUAUCGGCGAGGCGUACUCCGUGCCCGCCCAUCAUCAUCGGCGUGCCGUGUCUGGUUCGCGACAAAAGAUUUAUGCCAAGUUCCAGCACGUGUCUAAGCAUCGCAGGAACAUUUACAUAACGAGCGGCGUGACAGCUUCAGUGCUCAUCUCACCGAUGCUAGCAGGCCUUGCUGUCGGAAUUGGUGUUCCUAUAUUACUAGCCUACGUGUACGGCGUGGUGCCUUUCUCACUGUGCCGAUCACGAGGCUGUGGACCAACCACGUCGCUUGAAGAGGGAACUUGCAUAGAAUUUGAUGAUGAUAACGAAGGCACGAUAGGAACAUUCGUUUUGAGCGAGAACUCCAGUGUUCUCCCCCACAGCGUGACCAACCCUAGCAUCGGGGAAAUGUCCGUGAUGACGUGCACAUCGGCCAGCAGCGGUCACCUUGACCGGUUCAGCAGAAAGGGUGAAGUGGAGCGAGACAGUGCUAGCAAUAUGGCCUUAGCGGCAGAGAAUGCCUCAGUCUGUUUACCCGGAAGCACGUUUACUGCACACGGACCUAACGACAACUUUCUAAACAAGUUAGAAGUUCAGGCAGAAGUGCUGCCGCCUGGUGUUAGGAGUGGCGUAAAUGGUGGAGAGUCAGCAUCGGCAGGCUCGAAUGUUCAUAAGGUGCCAGCAUCGUGCCACUAUGUGAUGAGGUUCGACAAGGAUUGCGGCGGUAAGAGCGGCUGCGUCGCCAUGGAAAUGAGCGUCCCGAUCGAGGUCAUGCCGGCCGCCGACACCGUGGGGAGCCACCAUCGCCGCGCCGGCUCGCCCGCGUCCGUCUACUCGACGCGCUCCUACGAGCUGUGCGAGCGACGCAGGCCGCCCACCACCAGCGUGAGCGUCGGGGAGUGCAUGUCGAGCCACGCGGACGACGACAACGACGACAACGACGACGGCGGCGGCGGGACGCGGCGGCGCCUGCGAGCGAGCCGGAGCGACACGGACGGGACGUGGCGCGCCGUCGCCGACGGCAACCACCUGUCGCGCUGGUCGCUCCAGCACGGCCGCCGCGCCGGUGGCGCCCCCUCGCGGGCCGAUGCGGAGAAGCCGCUUGGCGAGGGGGGAGGGACUCCCGCUGCCAGGAGGGCGGCGGCGGUGGCGGCGGUUGCUAAGCGACAGAGCAGUCACGGCAGCAGGGAGCGGAACCUCGGAAGGGCGCUUGCGAAACAGCAGGGCUCAAAGCAGAAGAAGUCGUAGGGGAGAUUUUUUUUACGUCGCGCGCGCGCGGGCGGACGGGCGGGGAGCGUCGCCGAGAUAGCUGUGAUCAGACGAAGAGCUUAUUGAUUGCAUGAGUGAGAGUCGCGCUCACGGCAACAAAGAAACACGUGAGACAGAUAAGAGGGUGAAACCCAGUGAUAAACGUCAUUUCUGAUGAUGAUAUCUCCUGUGCCACAUAUAGACAUAGCUGUAUAUUUUUUUCUAGUCGUUUUUUUGUGUAUUUUCCAGUUCAGUAUUAGCUGUGCAGAUAGAGGCGGCCGCAAAUGAUGGAUUCACAGUUUGUUUCGAUGUGAAGUAAAUUCUGUUCAUCGAUUUAUGAACGUGUCAAAUAUUUCGGCUAUUAUUUGUGUGGGUAGUAAUUCCGGAUGCUUGAAGGAAGUUCGGCGUUUUGUUUCAUUGACAGAAAUUGUAGCCGCGUUAUUCUUUAGAGGUUUGUACUAAUGUAGAGUGCAAUCGUGCACGUUCACGGUACGAGACUGGUGCAAACAAGCAGAUUUUGUGUUCUCUAUCGACAUUAACUACGUACGUACUAGGGGGGGUAUAAUAACAGAUAAUCUACACUGAAUUUUUCCCAUUUCCAAGAAUAUUACAUUGCUGUGCUUCUGCGUAGGGGUUAUAUAACUGGUUUAUAUCGAUGCUCUUAAUUGCUACUGUCGUAUCGUUUGGUUUGUUGUAAUUCUGCCUGCAUGUCGUUUUUGGAUGUGGGAAUAAAACAAAACACCUCCCAUGUGAGUACUCACAUCUGCCUGCUCCUCCCCACCUUCUAUACUAACCAUGGUUAAGCUUUGUUGGGUGCACCGUAUUUUGCAAGUGCCAAUAGAGGUUUGUAUACAAGAGUAGAAUGAACGCUCUUCUGUGUCAUAAUCUUACGUCUCGUAAAAACAUUCCAGUGUACGGUAAUUUCUUCUUUUUGUGUCCAUCAAUAAACUGGACAUUCUUAGAAA